AGAGAAAGAAACUACAGCGAACGGGAGCGAGUGGGGUUUACACACUGGAGGGUGCUUGUUCCUGCUCUUGGGACAGGGGUGUAAGGGAGGGAGGUGUAGGGUAGGACAGUCCUAGAUUUUGAUCAUCCCUCCUCCUCCCCCCCUCCCAGCCCCUAACCCUCCCCUUGUCCACACCUCCCAGUCUUUUCAAACUUCGAGGCAUGGUGGCCGGAGAGAGCGCCGAGUCCAGCGAUGCGGAGACGGGGAUGGCCGAGUGUCCAAGUUCGUUGGGUCUAGGGUCGGAACCGGCUUGGUGUAAAACGCCCAGCGGUCACAUCAAGCGGCCGAUGAACGCCUUCAUGGUGUGGUCCCAGAUCGAGAGGAGGAAGAUCAUGGAGCAAUCGCCGGACAUGCACAACGCGGAGAUCUCCAAACGCCUGGGCAAACGGUGGAAGGCUCUGGAGGAGAUGGAGAAGGUCCCAUUCAUCCGAGAAGCGGAGAGGCUGAGGCUGAAACACAUGGCCGAUUACCCGGACUACAAAUACCGACCUAGGAAGAAGGGCAAGGGAGGAGCCAUCGGCAAGAUGCUCAGCAAGAAAGUGGCUUCGGCGAGGAGCGGAUUGGGGGGCAAAAAGCAGAGAUCCAGGGUGGUCAAGACAGGUUGGAGGUCGAAGAGGAGCGGCGCCGGCCGCCCGCCCGGACAGGAGACGGUGGAGGUGGACCCUGUCGAGGGGUUGAUGGAGAUCAGAAUCGCCCAUCAGGGACAUGCUAAGAAACUUCGGCCGGUCUGGGAGGGGGUCUUCAGCGAAGAUGACAGCUACUGCUUGGAGAGUGAGAUCGCCGGCGCCGACCGCGAGGGUCCCACCGAGACACUGAGCGCAGGAGACCGAGGCGACCACCUCAGGGAGACCAGGUCUCCAUCGCCCACCUCCAGCAGGUCGGGGUCUUCCUCUCUCGCGUCGACGUCCUCCUCGGACGAAGAGCUGGAAGACGAGAUCCUGAACAUCAUCACCAGCGCGAACUUUGAGAGCCUGCCCUUGGACACCUUGGACUCUCUGUCCCUGGACAAGGAUGUGGACGGGACGCUGACAAACUCGGCUCACUUCGACUUCCCAGAUUACUGCACCCCAGAAGUUAACGAGAUGAUUUCAGGAGACUGGUUAGCUUCUAGCGUCUCCGAUCUGGUAUUUACCUAUUAAAUAAUCCGACAGAGGUUUUUUUUACGAACCACCUUUUUUAUUUUGCUAUUUUUUAAAAAUAUAAUUCAUCUUAAAACACACGCGAAGCAAAAAAAAGAUUUAAACCAGCAAUUUCGAAGUCAACGUGUUUUUUUCUUCUUCUUCUACGUUUCUUUUAUAUUGCAUUAAGGUGCCUGUUCUAGAUAUAUUUUACAUGUUAAAAUAUCCCUUUUUUUAAAUAGCCACACCACUUGUCCCAGAGUAAGUUAUUAUUUUUUUUAAAUUGUGUGAUAUUUUCGUUCCUACACACAAUAAUGCCCGGAUAUCAGGACAUCGAUUUAUAUGCACACAUCUGUCGUUUCAGGAUGGGCAGCGAUUUUUCUUACGCGUGGAAUGAAAUAUGUAACCCUUUUGUAGAUUUCAUGUUCAAUGUUCCUUGCAAGGGCGAACUAACAGCUUUCUGGAGAAUCAUGUACCGACCCUUGGAAUCACAGCAGGUUGAAGCACUGUUUUAACCCCCCACCCCAAAGUGGGUUUAAUAAUUAAAAAAUAAAUUUAAAUUAAAAGAAAAUCUGGAAUACUCAGGAUAUUUUGCGCGCUAAGGGGGUUGGCCCGGAGCUGUCGGCUUAACAAGUUCAAACCGGUGCAUGGAGAGUUGUUGCCUAAAGUAGACUGGGCAUCUUUUCUGAACCUAACAGUCUCCCGGGAAUCUGGGUUUGAGAUAACAUGCAUGUCGUGUUUGCGGCCAGCGCACAGCUGCCUUGAUAGUAUUUAGGCGUGGAGAGAUUUUCAAUUUGCCAGCUGGUUGGAUUGGAAGUCUUGUCUUGGACGGGAGAGAAUCCGCUGGGUCCUAGAGAGCGUUUGGCAAUUUUUUCUCUCGAUACACAAAACCUGGUGGUUCAAAACGAUAAGAUAGGCAAAGGGAGGAGGGUGUGGGAGUCUUUUUAACACACAUCUUUUCAUCAUGGCAGUUAGUUCUUUCUUUUUAUAAUGAAACCUAGCUUUUAGUAUGUCUUUGUACUAUUGAUACGUCGUGUUAGAGCAAGCCAGUCACAUUUAGACUAACAAUCAACUCACCUUUAUAACACUUUCACUGGGCUGCCUCUGCUAUAAGUUCAUGUCAUAAGUUCUAGGUGUGGAAUUAGGCCAUUUGCCCCAUCAAGUCUAUUCAAUCAUGGCUGAUCUAUCCUUCCCUCACAAACCUAUUCAUAGCUAAUCUAUCAUUCCCUAUCAACCCCAUUCCCCUGCUUUCUCACCAUAACCCCUGACAUCCAUACUAUUUAAGAAUCUGUCAACCUCUGCCUUAAAAAUAUGCAAUGACUUGGCCUCUACAGCCUUCCAUGGCAAUGAAUUCCACACAUUCACCACCCAGAAAUUCCUCCUCAUCUCCUUUCUAAGGGUACGUCCUUUUUAUUCUGAGGCUAUGGCCUCUGGUCCUAGACUCUCCCUCUAGUGGAAACAUCCUCUUCAUAUUCAAAGGAGCAGAAUUAGGCCAUUUGGCCCAUCGAGUCUACUCCAUCUUAUAUAGAAACCUUGGAUGAGGGACUUGGGGAGGAGGUUUCAAAAGGGGAUUAUGGUGAAUUUUGUGGGCUGGGGUGUGUGUGGACAAAGAAUGGAGGAACUGGAUUCAAGGGCAGUUCAGUGGUUGAGCCGCCACCUCACAGCGCCAGAGACCCGGGUACAAUCCUGACCUCAGGUGCUGUCUGGGUGGAGUUUGCACAUUUUCCCUGUGACCAUGUGUGUUUCCCCUGGUGCUCUAGUUUCCUCCCACAUCCCAAAGGGCUGUAAGUUAAUUGGCCCCUCUGUAUAUUGUCCACAGUGUGUAGGGAUUUGGUGAAAAAGUGGGAUAACAUGGAGCUAGUGGGAACAGGUGAUCGAUUGUCGGCAUGGACUCGCUGGGCCGAAUUGCCUGUUUCCAUGCUGUAUCUCCAAGCUAAAUCAGAGAGACACUUCAAGGCGUUGACAUACCUUUUGCACACUGUGUUGUGGCUUUGUGAAUAGUGAAAGGCUUGGGCUGAGCGGAUCUGGAGAGGACGUUUCCACUAGUGGGGCAGUCUAGGACCAGAAGGAACAGCUUCAGAAUAAAAGGACAUACAUUUAGAAAGGAAAUGAGGAGGAAUUUCUUUAGUCAGAGGGUAGUGAAUCUCUGGAAUUAAUUGCCGCAGAUGGCUGUGGAGGCCGUCAAUAAAUAUUUCUAAGGCGGAGAUUGACAGAUUCUUGAUAUGCAGUGGUGUCAGGGGUUAUGGGGAGAAGGCAGGAGAAUGGGGUUGAGAGGGAAAGAUAGAUCAGCCAUGAUUGAAUGGCGGAGUAGACUUAAUGGGCCGAAUGGCCAAAUUCUGUUCCUAUAACAUGAGCUUAUGAAUGGGAUACAGUUAAGGUUGUUGGUUGAUGGGAGCAGGGAGAGUAGAGAGGAACUAAUUCACUAAGACUAGAAGAACUCGAUGCCUGACAGGGUGACGAUGGACAGAGAACCCUGCCCACAUGUACAAGGUAUCAGGGAGUGCAUGUAAAGAGCUGUGACCAAUAUCAAUCUCUUUCAUGGGAUGAUGUUGGAUACCCUCCAAUAGGCCAACAGGGAUCUGAUGGGCUGUAUUGCCAUCUUCAGUAUCGUAAAUUUCUGAAAUCAAUUUCUGGUCUUGAAUACUUGACUGGACAGGUCAGAUUUGUGGUGGCUACCAGGUCAAGUUCAAUGUGUAUUGGUUUAGAAUUUAGGUUUGAUUUGAUGGGGGAAGGAGAGUGGAAGUGGUCUAAAUUGUCUCUAAUCAGAGUGUAGGAGGCUGUUCAUACUCACAAAAAAGAGUACAAACUCCACAGAUAGCACCCGUAGUCAGGGUCAAACCCCUGUCUCUGGCCCUGUAAGGCAACAAUUCCACCACUGUACCACCGUGCCGCACAUAUUUCCUAAUUUUCUAACUUUUACAUUUUUAUAAAAAAGUACAAAGUCGUGAUUGUUACAUGACCUCCUGGUGUUUAUCAUUCGAAUUGUUUAAAGUGUUUGAAGACAAAGGACAGAAGGUGAUAUUUAUUGGGGGAACAGUGUGUGUAGAUUCUAAUAUCUUGGUGUUGCCAUUUGACUGUGUUAUGCCAUGAGUGAUUUGCUACUGUGCAUGCUUAGAGGGGAGGCAAUGGUGGAGGUGCAAUAAACGGCCCCCAAAUUAUCGAGCAGUAACUCUGAACCUGAAGGAUAUAGAAGCAAAGAACUGCAGAUGCUGGUUGAUACCAAAGAUAGGCACAGAGUACUGGAGUAACUCAGUGGGUCAGUCUCUGGAGAAAAGGGAUGGAUGGCGUUUUGGGUCAAGACCCUUCUGCAGAUUGAAGUUGGUGGAUUAAUUGGGCUGCUGUGUGUUGCCCCCAGUGUGUGGGUGUAUGGGGAAUUGCUGGGACUGUGGGAGAAUACAAUAGCAUAGUCUGAGGAAGGGUCCUGACCCAAGAACGAAGGGGGGGACCCGGUGGAGGGGGGUUGGGAGAUGGGGGCUGCUGCCAUUUGUGGAGGCAGGCAGAAGAUAGGACUGUUCGGUGAACUUUCGUAACUUUGUCAACGCCAAAACGUGGCGACUCUUGUAUACUGCCUAGGUGAGGUCUGCUACAUGAUGUUACCGGGUUAAAUACAAUACAAAGCAUUUCACCGAACCUGGGUAGAUGUGAAAUUAGAGCAUCAUUGAAUCAUUGACACAUCGCCCAUCCUUUUUCUCCAGCGGUGCUGCCUGACCCGAUGAGUUACUCCAGCACUUUAUGUCUAUCUCAAAUCUGAAUCUGAUAAUGCGAAGCAUUUAACCCUUUGAGAACCUCAUUGCUUUGAAUGUCCCUCAGGUUAAAAACAAACACACUGUGAAUGUGGAAUAUUUUGUGAUAUCUGUAAUAUCUUUCUAACUGAGCUCCAAAUGCACGCGUCAUUUUAAAUUAUGCUCUCUUGAUAUCCAAGAUUGUGUGGAAUUUGUAUUAAAACCAUCAACAUUGUUCACGGUCCUUUUUUUGAGGUGUCGGAGAACAUGGAGAUUUAGCACUGGGGGACAAAACUCCACGUUUCUGAUAUCCUUCAUAUAUUCAUUUGCACAAUGAGAACUUCAUUGUUAACUGCUUUUACUUUCCAUCCCUAAUUACGCCUGAACUAACAUUCUAAUGUCUGAAGAAGGGUCUCUCAUCCCGAAACACGCCUAUUCCUUCCCUCCAUAGAUGCUGCCUCACCCUCUGAGUUCCUCCAGCAUUUUUGUCUACCCCAAACUAACAAUGUAUUUAUGAGCCAUCUAUAUAGUGUCUCUGGACUCACCAGUUGACCAGGCCAGCCAACGACAGCAGAUUCCCAGUCCUCAAAAUGUAAAACUGCAGAUGCUGAAAAUCUGAAAUAAAAACUGCAAAUGCUGGGGACCUUCAGAGAUUUUCUGCUGUUAGGUUAGGCAGCAUUUGUGAUGAUAGAAGCAAUUAACGUUUCAUGUUCGAACAUCGAUCAGAUGGGUUUGAUGGUAAAUUAUUGACUUUUGGAACGUAUCACUGUUAGGGUGGCGCAGUGGUGGAGUUGUUUUACAAUGCCAGAGACCCAGGUUUGAUCCUGACUGCGGGGGCUGUCUGUAUGGAGCUUGCCUGUUCUCUCCAUGUUCGCAUGGGUAUUCCCCGGGUGCUCCUGUUUUUCCUCUCACACUCCAAAGACGUGCAACUUUGUAAGUUGUACAGUUGUUAGUUUGGUUAAAAUUGUAAAUUGUCCCUAGUGUGAAGGAUAUUACAAGUGUAGUGGGUAAUCGCUGGUCAAUGCGGACUCGGUGGGCCGAAGGACCAGUAUCCGCUCUGUAUCUC